AUGUCUCUCCAAACACCCCUCUGCUCGCUCUUGAAUAUCCAGCACCCAGUUCUGCUCGCAGGAAUGGCACGCGCCUCAGGAGCACCCCUCGCUGCCGCCGUCUCCAAUGCCGGCGGCCUCGGCACGGUGGGCGGACUGGGCUAUACACCCGAGCAGCUGGACGAGAUGCUCACUGAACUCAAGUCGCUCCUCCGCGACCCAUCACUGCCAUUUGGCGUCGAUCUUGCGCUGCCACAGGUGGGCGGUGGCGCACGAGCCACCAACCACGACUACACCCACGGGCACCUGGACGAGCUGAUAGAAGUCACCAUCAAGCACGGCACAAAGCUCUUCGUCUCAGCAGUGGGCGUUCCGCCCGAGAAGACCAUCAAGCGGCUGCACGAAGCCGGGAUCUUGAUCAUGAACAUGGUUGGUGCGCCGCGGCAUGCGGAGAAGGCGCUUGAGCGCGGCGUGGAUAUUGUGUGUGCCCAGGGCGGCGAGGGCGGGGGCCAUACAGGUGAUAUCCCGUUCUCGGUGCUGAUACCUGCGGUCGUGGACGUUGCGCGCAAGUAUAAGAGCCCGUUGACGGGCCAACCGGCUCAGGUUGUUGCCGCUGGGGGCGUUAACGAUGGGCGCAGUCUGGCUGCGUCGUUAGUUAUGGGUGCGUCGGGGGUGUGGGUGGGUACCCGCUUUUUGGCAUCUACUGAAAGUGGUGCGAGCAAAUUGCAUAAGGAUGCGGUGGUUAGCGCGAAGUACGGCGAUACGCAGCGCACAUUGGUUGUCAGUGGGCGGCCGUUGCGGGUGUUGCCAAAUGAGUAUAUCAGAGAGUGGGAGAAUAGGCCUGAGGAGAUCAAGAAAUUGACCUCGAAGGGAGUUGUGCCUAUGAUGCAUGACCUCGAGAACGAGAAAGAUGUUGACAUGCCUUUUCUGAUGGGCGAUGUCUCGGCCAGUGUUAAGGAGAUCAAGCCUGCAGGUGAUAUCUUGCGGGAUAUGGUGAAGGGAGCCGUGGAGGUUCUCAGGACGAGCAACUCAUACAUCAAUGCGGCGCCAUCUAGUAGGCUGUAG